AUGCUCUACCACUCACGACUCCUAAUCGUCCUCGUGGCGACCGCCUGCGCGGCGCCCGUGCCCGUCGUCGACGUGCCAGACGGACGCGCUCUGCAGUUCCCGGCGUCAGAGGGUGGAGCAGAACGGCGGCUUCGAGCCCAGCAACGGCGGCAACGGUGCUCCUUCGGCGGCGACGAGGAGCAGGAGCAGAACGGCGGCUUCGAGCCCAGCAACGGCGGCAACGGUGGCUCCUUCGGCGGCGACGAGGACCAGCCGACCAGCCGUUUGCUCCCCGCCACAACUUUGCCUGGCUUCCACCCCAACGUCCCGGGCCUACGCCCGGUGCCACACGUGCCGACUAGCCCUGAGCACGACGAUGUUGCCAGCGCUCUCUUUGCGAGCGCGGCUCUCGUCUCGGGCCACAAUGAGCUAGCGGGCGUCGCACUCGCUGCGCAGGGCCAUCCGAUGGCAGGCAUGGCGGCAAUGAUGAUGGGCGACGGCAACGAAGCAGAGCAGGCGGGUGCGACUCCUCCUUCUCCGCCCUCCUCUCCUCGUGGCCUCGUCGCCGCCGCAGACGGCUUCGUGGCUGCCAUCGACAGCCUCGUCGGCGCCGACACGGACGCGACUUCUCGCGGCUACGUACCCAAGAUGACAAACACGAACCCCGGCUUCCACCUGAACGGGCCGGACGGCGUCGAGCCCGGCUUCGCCUUCAACGGCGUCUGGCAGCCGUCGCAGCAGCAGAGCGGCGCCAAGUGCCCCGACGUCCCCGCGUCGAUGCACACGCUGCAGCUGGAGGAGGACAGCGUCUCGGCCUGCCAGCAGACGUGCCUCAGCUACGCGCAGUACCACAAGUUCUUCCUGGGCUAUGCCGGCAAGGACUUUUGCUGCCAGUACAAGGAGGGCGGCGGGCCCGGCGAGUGCCAGAUCUCCCCGCCGAUUACCGCCACGCACGUCCCCUACCAGCCGGACAGCGAGUACACCGCCUUCUUCUUCCACCCGACGGCGGCUGCCAACGGGGUCUAG